AUGGACCAUGAGAAUUGGGCUUCGACUAAAAAGUCCUUGACUUUUUCAAAAUCUGGACUUAUCGAUCCCUCACGACAGCGCAGCGCCAUCCAAUUGGAGAAGGCCGCUGCUGUCUUCAACCUCGGAGCCAUCUACAGCCAGAUUGCUGCUUCUUGCGACCGUACCACCGCCCUUGGCCGUCACCUUGCAAUGGAAGCCUUCAAAGUUGCCGCCAAUUUCUUCCUCCAACUCUGGCAGGUUUUUGCCAAGGACGUGGUCGCCACCCUCGAUUUGACUGUCGUCUUCGCGGAGUUUCUGCACCUCCUCUUCUCCGCUCAGGCUUCCGAGCUCGAAUUACGGGAAGAACUGAACAACAACGACGCCAGUUACGCUCUCCAACAACACCGAUGUGCCCUAUUGUUUAUAUCGGUUUCUAAGCUUUAUCGUAGAGCAUAUGCACUGAUACCUACUGAUUCGGCUGCACGGAAACAUGUCCACUCUUUUGACCGAACCUGGGUAACUCAUCUUUACCAGAAGAAGAUAUUCUUUCAGGCAGAGGCUCGUCAGAGGCAAUCAUACAUCCUACCCAAAUCCGAGCGACUCAAAGGUCGAAUCUUGUGCUCUUGA